AUGACAUCAUCACCUAGUCAAUUCUUUGAUUUACCUGAUGAAAUUCUUUUGAUUAUAUUGACAAAAUUAAAUAUUAUUGAUGUGUUUAACUUAAAAGGUUUAAAUAGAAGAAUUGAUAAUAUUGUAUAUGAUGAAGUUAUCGCAAGAAAUUUGACGUUAUUUAAAUAUUGGUCAUAUGAUGUUAUUUGUAAAUUAGAUAAUGAAUUAUUGGAUUUAUUCUGUUUAAAAAUUUUACCAGAAAUUCAUUACAAGAUUCAAUCACUUAAUGUUGAAAUAUCUUCUAUGAAACGUAUCUUUCUUUCAACAACUUAUCCUAAUCUAUAUAAACUUGGUGUAUAUAAUGUUGAUAAAAAUACGACUUUAUUUUUAUUGCGUGAUAAUAAUUCAUAUUUAAAUAUAUAUAAAAACCAAAUAACUUCAUUUAUUAUUAGGUUUAAUAAUAAAUCACAACGAUCAUUCAGUGAUCAAUUACCUGUUAUAUUCACAUCAAUUUUUGAAAUGUUUACAAAUUUAGAUUAUUUAAAUUUUAUCGCAAAUUCAAUUGACCAUCAACAACUAUCAUUUGAAAUUUCAUCACCACCGAGUAUUGUUUCUGCAAAUGUAUUAAAAUUAAUUAUAAAUGUGGAUAGUUUUAAUGAUUGUCUGUAUGUACUUGAUGGUCGUUUUGAAAAUCUUCAUACAUUAUGUAUUAGAAUUUCACGUAUUCAUUCAGAUGAAAUAAUAAGAAAUAAUAAAGAAAUAUUAUUUAAUUUAAAAUAUUUUUCAUUAACUUCUGAUGCUGGUACAAUUGCAUAUGAUGAAUUGGUUGUUCCACUUAUACAUCGGAUGUUAAAUUUAGAAAAACUUCGUCUAUUUCUUGUAGUUGUCCAUAAAGAAACAUUUAUUGAUGGUAAUAAUUUGAAAUAUAAUAUUAUAAAUUAUUUAUUACAUUUAAAACAAUUUGGUUUUAAUAUACAUUCAUUUAUUCCUAUUGAUAAUCCAAAUGAUUUACCUUCGAAUGAAGAUAUACGACAAACAUUAAAAAAUGUCGGAAAUAAUUAUAGUUUUUGUUGUAUUAAUUACUAUCCUGAAAGUCGUAUGGGUCAUUGUAAUAUAUACUCAUACUCAUGUUCAAAUGAAAUGAAAUUUUAUUACAAUGUAACAAAUAAUUUUCAAAGUGGAAUAUAUAAAUUUGUUAGAAAAAUUUCUUUAUGUGAUGAAUAUCCAUUUGAACAUGAAUUUUUCAUUCGAAUAUCUCAAUCAUUUCCAUUUGUAGAAAGUUUAUCUUUAACUAAUCAAAAACCACAAAACGAAAAAAAAAAUGAAGAAACAAAUUUACCAAUUGCUCAAUUUUGUCAUUUAACUCGAUUAAAUUUUGAUGAUGCUCAUGAUGAUUACAUCGAACAAUUUUUACUUGAUAGAAAGACAUGUUUAUCAAACAAUUUUUUAAUUACUGUGGAAUACUAUCAAUUACAACGUGUAACUUUUAAUUUUACAAGAGCAUCAACAAAAAAUAACUGCGAAAAAUGUGGAUACAAAUAUUAUAAUGAUGCAUUAAACGUUUAA